UUUUGGAGUGCUUCACAAGUGUGAAAGUUCACAGAAUUUGUUCAGGCCUAUUGAUGGAUGGACCGUGAGUGGAGUGAAUGGACCGGUGAGCCCAACUGCGUAAAGGCAAUGGAAGUAGGCCUAUAGGCCCAAUAUCGGCCCUGCUGACGCCCCUGCACUAGUCACCGCCCCCAUGACCCCUCAUCAACUGACAGAUGGCCCCGAAACUAUUUAACAGCGACCGACUUCUUCAAGCGUUACAUUGUAGCAGUCUGUUGAAGGUUAGGAACGGGACACAUUUUAGCUAGAAAUUAACCACGUGUUCAGGCAACUCUACUGGACCACGCUGACCACACAGCACAGCGAAAGCAUCAAAAGAAAUCGGGGCAGUGUUGGAAAUGGCAUCUGCAAAGAGAAAGGGAAUCCUGGAGCGAUUGGAUGCGGGCGAGGUGGUCGUUGGUGACGGCGGCUAUGUCUUUCAGCUUGAGCGCAGAGGCUACGUGAAGGGAGGACCCUGGACCCCGGAGGCCGUGGUGGAACACCCCGAGGCUGUAAGACAACUCCACAGGGAGUUCCUGAGGGCAGGAGCUGACGUCAUGCAGACCCUCACCUUCUUCUCUUCAGUUGUAGACAUCAACGCUGAUGUUCCCAACCUCACAGUCAGUGCAAAAUGUCAGCAAAUCAACGAGAUGGCGUGUGACAUGGCGCGCGAGGUGGCCAAUGAGAACGGAGCGUUGGUGUCUGCGUGCGUGUCCCAGACGCCGGUCUACAACUGCAGCGGCAGCGAGGCCGAGGUCAAGGCCAUCAUCAAGAUGCAGCUGGACGUCUUCCUCAAGAAGGACAUCGACUUCCUCAUGGCAGAGUAUUUUGCAGAUGUGGAGGAGGCAGUGUGGGUUGUGGAGGUGCUGGUGACGAGUGGUAAGCCGGUGGCGGCCACCCUCUGCAUGUCACCCGCGGGGGACAAGAAGGGAGUCAGUCCCGCAGAGUGUGCCGUCCGCCUGGCCAAGGCAGGUGCUAAGAUCGUGGGGGUGAACUGCCACGUGGAUCCUGCGCAGUGCAUACAGACGGUGCAGCAGAUGAAGGCAGGUCUGGACGCCGCAGGCCUCAAGGCCCACCUCAUGAUCCAGCCCCUCUGCUUCCACUGCCCCGACUGCACCAGCGAGGGGUACUUCAGCCUGCCCGAGGCUCCCUUCGCGUUGGAGUCUCGGGUCCUGAACCGCUGGGAUGUGCACAAGUACGCGCGGGAGGCCUACAAUGCCGGCAUCCGCUACAUCGGGGGCUGCUGCGGGUUCGAGCCGUACCACAUCCGGGCCAUCGCGGAGGAGCUCGCCCCAGAAAGGGGCUUCCUCCCCCCGGCCUCUCAGAAGCAUGGAGCCUGGGGCAGCGCCCUGGACGUCGGUUCAAGACACUACGUCCGAGCCAGGGCGUGCCGUUCCCACUGGGAGAACCUCAAGCCAGCCUCAGGAAGGCCCCUCUGCCCCUCACUGUCUACUCCUGACUCCUGAAACGCACGCACGCACGCACGCACGCACACACGCGCACACACGCGCACACACACACACACACACACACACACACACACACACACACACACACACACACACACACACACACAGAGGUCUUCCAUUACUACAUUACAGGGCUAAAGCCAGUCCCUACUAGAGCAAUGCCUUUGCCUUUUAUCCACUGUAAUUUUAUUUCCAACACACUCCUUUUGCAGGUCCCUGUUUUCUGCAUGUAUAGCCUUUGUAAGUGGAAUACACAGAAUACACACACACACACACACACACAUUGGACAAUCAGAUGUGCCCUGUUAAUUAACACAUGGUGAGAAAUUCACAUGGGAACUGCUACUGAAAACCAAUGUAAUCACUGCUAACGCUAAGCUACAGUUGGCGGGAAAAAUAAGUAUCUGCCUGAAACGCCACUGAUUGCUUAGGUGAUUUUUGACUGACAUUCACAAUGUUGUAACAACUCUGAUGUUGUCAGCAUACCUGUGUAUACACAGUCAAUUUUGCCAUGUUAAGAUGUAAAUCAUAUUAAAGUUUGUCUGGCAAGAG